UAUGAAGGACAAUCUGCGGGAAAAAAAAAAGCGCCGGCCCUAAAUCGAAGGGUCGAAUCAGAUCCGACCCGACCCUUUCAAGGUAUAACAUCCAUCGGUUGGAAUUGAACAUACAAGUUGGUUUAAUUCAUUUGCAGCAUUAACGAGACUCUAAUCAUCGCCCAUCUAUUUACUCGAUACUCCUUUCAAGCCUGAGCUAACCUUCUCAGUUAAACGUCAGCAUUAAUGGAAUCAUCGGAGAACACUGAAGAAACGGUGCCUAAUAGAUCUCAGAAAAUGGCAGGAACUGUAAACUGGGGCACUGCUACUGUAAUUGGGGUAUUUGCUGGCAUGUUUUAUGGAGGUAGCAAGGAGGCAGCUGCUUCUGUUAGCAAGGAUGCAGAGGUGAUGUUAAAGCUUGGGAGCACACCAGAUAAGCGUGAACAGUAUCGGCUCAUGAGAGAUGCUAUGGAAAAAAGAUUUAUACGAGUUACUCGUGGCUCAAUAGUUGGCGGAAUACGCCUUGGAAUGUUUACUGCUGCUUUUUAUGGAUUACAGAAUCUGCUUGCUGAAAAGCGUGGUGUGCAUGAUGUUUUCAAUGUUGUUGGAGCUGGUUCUGCCACAGCUGCAACAUUUGGUCUAGUUAUGCCAGGAUCACUCCAAUGGCGUGCGAGAAAUGUGAUGUUAGGUUCUGCUUUGGGUGCUGCAGUUUGCUUCCCUCUUGGGUGGCUUCAUUUGAAGCUUGUAGAGAAAGCCAACGAAGGGUCUGGGGCAACUGAUGGCAAUGAAAUGAAGGGUGGUGUAGGUGGUGCAAUUGAGCGACUUGAAGGGCACUUCAACAAAUAGAUUAUGAUGACGUUCAAUCCACAAGAACCGGAUUCUGAUCCUGCUUGAAAUGUAUGAUGGUGAUAUUAGCAAAAGUUAAUACCGGAGGCAAGCUGAAAACUAAAGAGGUUUGAAGAAGACAUCUCGUAUUGUUCCCCCGCUGGAGCUAUAAAACUUGCUAUCUUGGCCUUAUUGCAUUAUAGGAUUGUUUUGAUAGUUUGCGCACUUCAUAAAUACAUGAAAAGAGCGUGGAUCAACAUUUUGAGGUUUAGAAAAUAACCUAAAACAUGGAAAGGAUGUGAUGCUUUAUCAAGAUCAUCUUUCCCCUGAACUUGUCAAUAUUAUGGCGGAGACAGUUAAUUACUAGAGUAUUUUUUUUUUUGUCGAGGAUUAAUGUAUGUCAAUUUUCCAACAUCUUCCCGUUAACUUGUGAGUACUGUGGCAGAUAUAGUUGAUGAAUAAAGUAUUUUUGAGGAUUAAGGUAUGUUGAUUUAA